AUUUUUUUUUAUUCCAGCCAAAGUCCGGACCGAAGACGAACGUACGUGCGUCAUUUAUCGACUUCAUCGUUGUUCUAUUCAAAAUAACUACAAAAUGCCAGUUAAAGCAGUCUGUGUGCUCAACGGCGAUGUCUCCGGGACGGUGUUCUUCGAUCAAAAGGAUGAGAAGUCACCAGUAGUGCUUACGGGUGAAGUGAAGGGGCUCACCAAGGGCAAGCACGGUUUCCACGUGCACGAGUUCGGCGACAACACCAACGGAUGCACGUCCGCCGGAGCUCACUUCAACCCGGAGAAGCGGGAGCACGGCGCGCCGGACGCGGCCGUCCGGCACGUCGGCGACCUCGGCAACAUCGAGGCCACCGCGGACAAGGGAGUCACUAAGGUGUGCAUCCAAGACUCGCAGAUCUCGCUGCUGGGCCGCAACAGCGUGGUGGGGCGCACGCUGGUGGUGCACGCGGACGCCGACGACCUGGGGCUGGGCGGCCACGACCUCAGCAAGUCCACCGGCAACGCCGGCGCGCGCAUCGCCUGCGGCGUCAUCGGCCUCGCCAAGUCCGACUAGGCGCAGUACUGGCUGUUCUGUCGCGGACGACUAAAUAACUUGUCUAGUUGGUACAUAACCUCAAAAUGUUAGGUUAAACUGUCCUUUUGCCACAAUUAAGCAUUUUACCAAAUGAAAAUUGAUCCCGAUUAAAAUCAUCGGACUUAACAAAUUUAACUAAGUAACUGUUAUAUAGGUAUUUAACAUCAAAAUGUUUGGUUCCAACUGCCAAAAUGUUGCAUUUAUAUAUUUUACUACAUAAUAAGCGAGUGGGAAAAGAAUGAAUAUUGAAAAUUGCAUUUUAAGGUUAUGGUACCAAAUAAUAGAAUUUGGAUUUACUAGUGUACCUAAUGAUCUUCUAAAGAACAACUGAUAACAUGUAAAAUAUAAGUGAUAUUUGCCUAUAAAUAAUGUUGGUUAUGCCAAUGUUUUUAAAUUGUUAUAAAAUAAUCUAUCUCUAUGGCAUUCCCAGUGUUUGUUUUUUUUUUUUUUUUUUAUCGGUGCAGGGAACAUCGGAUCUGCAUUUUGUUUCAAUAAAUAGAAAUAAACUUU